ACCUUAUCUUCCUCUCUCUCUCUCUCUCUCUCUCUCAAGGAGCAAUCGGAGGAUUGGUGAAGAAUUCUCAUCAGGAAGAGAAUCCAAGAAGCACGUCAAAUGGCUUCCACUUCUAUUUGCUGGGCAGCGAAGGUAACCGACGAAUCCAUGAUUGAACUCUACAUGGUCCGGCAAACGCUUGGCUAUGGCUAUUUGCUGUUGCAGAUUGAUGGUUGCCGUGAACAAUUCAAUGCGAUUCAGAAACCUUGCACUCUCCUAAUAACCAACCGCUGGGACGAAGGACUAAAGAUGGACAAACAAACAUGUCAAUUCCCAGGUUCCUUCGAAAAGCUGUCCUCAAGAGGAAAUCACUCCCACGCACCACGUUUACACGCCGCCUUGAGGAGCCCAAAGGGCUUCGGACCCUCUCCGAAGAAAACCAAAAAGACGAAGAAACCAAACAGAGAAUACGAUAGUGACGAGGACGAGGAUGAGGACGAUGAAGAUAAUGAUCAAGAGGACGCGAGAGACCAAGGUGUAAUACCCGAAGUAGUGACCAACAGGAUGAUGAACCGGAUGGCGAUCUCAGUCGGAGCCCCGCUCUUCAUCGGGCUCUUGUUCUUUCCAUUCUUCUACUACCUCAAGGUGGGGCUCAAGAUUGAUGUGCCCACUUGGGUGCCUUUCAUUGUAUCCUUCUUCUUCUUUGGGUCAGCUCUUCUGGGCGUGAGCUAUGGCAUUGUGUCCUCCAGUUGGGACCCUCUCAGGGAAGGCUCUCUCUUGGGAUGGAAUGAGGCCCAGAAGAAUUGGCCCGUGUUUUGGCAGUCUCUCUGGGGAGGUAGGUCUGGGAAAAAGUAGGGAGUUAAAGAGGUAGUUUUGCCUGGAGGCUAAGGUCUUUUGCUUUGCUCCUCUUUUUUUUGUGUGUAAUGUUAGCGUCACCAAGUAACUAUCCUGAUCUAAGUUUCUAGUCUCUUUCACAUUUUUUGCUUU